GAGAAGGGCGAGUGUCUCAAUAUCUAUCCAACCAAGCUAAUAUACUGUACCAAAACUACUGAACUACUACAAAUGUUUUGCUCUUCCUUGAAGAUACAAAGGUUCUCUCUAUAUAUAUAUAUAUAGUCUAAGCAUUUUGCACUUUGUUUUUCUAUUAACCAAACUUUGACAAUCGCCUAUGACAAUCAUCUUUUAUCUCUUCACCAUCUGCUUGUCAUGUCUCUAUGUGAACUCGGAUUCCAUCAGCCGUUCUGAUUUUCCAGAGGGCUUCAUUUUUGGAACUGCUUCUUCAGCUUAUCAGUUUGAAGGUGCAGUGGAUGAAGGAAACAAAGGAAUUAGUAUCUGGGAUACCUUCAUCAAGAGACCAGGAAGAAUACUGGACUUUAGCAAUGCGGACACAGCAGUGGAUCAAUAUCAUCGCUUCCAGAGUGACAUAGAGUUGAUGAAGAGAAUAGGAAUGGAUGCCUAUAGAUUUUCAAUAUCUUGGACACGAAUAUUUCCAAAUGGAACAGGGGAACCAAAUCCAGAAGGAAUCCAAUACUACAACAAUCUCAUAGAUGCCUUACUAGAAAAAGGAAUUCAACCGUAUGCAACACUGUUUCACUGGGAUCUACCACAAAUGCUUGAAGAUUCGUACGAGGGAUUUUUGAGCAAUCGUAUAAUACAUGAAUUUGAACGAUAUGCUAUUACUUGUUUCAAAGCAUUUGGGGAUAGAGUAAAGCAUUGGAUCACCUUUAACGAGCCUCACGGUUUUACAAUUCAAGGUUAUGACUCGGGGGUUCAAGCUCCAGGAAGGUGCUCUAUUCUUUUCCACGUUUUCUGCCGUAAAGGAAAAUCGUCUAUCGAGCCAUAUAUUGCAGCACAUAACAUUCUGUUGUCUCAUGCUGUUGCUUAUCAUGCUUACCACAAAAAGUUCAAGGCAAGUCAAGGAGGCAAAGUGGGGAUAGCAUUAGAUGCUAAAUGGUAUGAGCCACUUUCAGAUUGCGAAGAGGACAGAGCUGCAGCAAGUAGAGCAAUGGAUUUUGGACUUGGCUGGUUCCUUGAUCCACUUCUACUUGGGAAUUAUCCUCUUUCAAUGCAGAAGUUGGUGGCAGAAAGACUGCCUGAGAUCAAUCCAGAGGUGUCAAAACUACUGAAGGGGUCUUUGGAUUUUCUUGGCAUCAAUCACUAUACCACGUUAUAUGCUCGGAAUGAUAGAGCAAGGAUCAAGAAGCUUGUAUUGAAUGAUGCUUACUCUGACUCUGCUGUGAUAACUACCCCUUUCAGGCGUGGAGUCGCAAUUGGAGAAAAGGCUGCAUCUGGUUGGCUACGCGUUGUCCCCUGGGGCAUUCGGAAAUUAAUGAAUUACAUCAAAGAUAAAUAUGGAAACCCGUUGGUGAUUAUUACUGAAAAUGGUGUGGAUGAACCUAACAAAUCGCAUAUCGCAUUAAAUGAUGCUUUACAAGAUGACAGCAGAAUAAUUUACCACAGAGACUAUCUUUCAAAUCUCUCUGCUGCCAUAAGGAAAGACAACUGCAAUAUCAAAGGUUACUUUGUUUGGUCACUACUUGAUAACUGGGAAUGGAACUCAGGUUAUACUGUACGGUUUGGACUAUACUAUGUAGACUUCAAGAAUAAUCUCACAAGGAUACCAAAAUUCUCUGCUAAGUGGUUCAAAAGCAUGCUGACGUCAAAGAGAAACCUGAACAUAGAAUAAAGAAAUUUGCUUAGUUCGUUUGAAUACGCUGAUGACAGAAGCAAAGACAAUACUGUAAAAUUUGAUCAAUGUACAUUAGUAUCAUUUCUUGUACAUUUUAUGACAUAAGAUACCGUAAAAUUGGAUCUAUGUACAUUAGCUUUCAUAGCCUGUAAAUUUUGUACCAAUAAACAAAGAAUACAGGACUCAGUUGAAUGCAGUUGUUCAAUAAAAUACAAAAAAAAUUCAGAGGAACAUGAAGCAAUUGAUGUCUGUUCUCUUUUCUUUCUCCAGGUCCAGCUAUCCCUUUCUGUAGUUAAGGGUAUAGAGAAUGACAACAGGCUCUGCAGAUUUAUGUCGCAUAAUUUGCUCGAGUAGAUUUGAGAUUCCUACGAUCAAUGGUGGAUUAAGUAGAAGGAAGGGAGUUUAAGUAGAAGGAAGGGAGUUCACUGGACCCCUUCUAUCGCAAUUAUACUGCACAAAUAGGGUAAAAAUUAAUUUCUUUUUAUUAAAUGUAAGUUGUUGAAUCCCCUUGACAUGAAGAAAAAUUCUGAUGAAUUGGCAAAGGAGUUCAAAAUUUGCCAAGUUCAAAUCUCG